AUGAGCAAGCGUGAUGAAAAGAAGAUUCUCACAUUAUUUUCUGAGAUUAAAAAGACUAAAAGCCACAUCUCUGUUGACGUUCCAGUGUGGACAAAGGAUGAAUUAUUAUUGAAGCUUCAAGAGUUAUAUUCUUCGAUUAUUUUACUUGAUCCUGUCCUGGCUGUUGGACAAAAAUUUGAGGUUGAAUUAUGGAAUUCCGUCUUCAGGCAACCCAUACAGUUGUAUCAGGAAAUACGAGCUUCUGGCUUCUACAACAGCCUCAUCCACAAGCUCCUUUGCAAAUUGCCUAAUGUGUCUUGGCCGAAGUUGUUUAUAUACGAGUUAUAUCAGAACAAAACAAGGAUCUCCGUUACGAAUCACAAGUCGCAUCUUGGUGCUGGGCGUCUAGAUAUCGACGAAGUUACUCUUCAAAUGCAACUUCUUCGAUCUUCAAUCCGAGCUAGCCGCAGUAGUCGACGUCUUGCUGACUUGGAAAAACUGAGCGAGCCUAAUGGGACGCCUGCUCCGUCGGUUGCACCAACAAUACUCUCACGAGGCACCCAGUUGCCUGAUGCAGAUGUCUUAAUUGACCUGAAUCCCCAGGAAUCUGAGUUUGCCAAGCUGACCACGUUUGAAACCAAUACGACUACCUCGGAAGUGUCUCCAAGCAAGCCGAUUUCAAACAUAUCUCUGUCAGAUGCUGUAGUCUAUCUGAUUCAGCAUUCCCUUAUUCAUCUUGGUGAUGUCGCAAGGUAG